UAGAUUGUCUUUGUAUUUUGGCUCACACUCACAGAGAGAAGGAACUGCCAUCCUGAUGACAAUGAAUUUCACGUCUUGUCCCCGUGUCAGCUUUGACUUUUCAGGUAGAUUUCUGCCUCCUGUUUACAUCUUAGUCUUCAUCGUUGGUCUGGUAGCUAAUGGAUGGGGAUUAAAGUCUCUGCUGCACAACUGGAAGAAACUGGGGAACAUCAAUGUCUUUGUUCUCAACCUCGGACUCGCUGAUGUUUUGUACCUGCUCACAGUGCCAUUUUUGGUGGUGUACUACUUUAUGGGCAGUAAGUGGAUCUUUGGAGAUGUGUUUUGCAAGAUAACAAGAUUCUGCUUCAACCUGAAUUUGUAUGGCAGCAUUGGGUUCCUCACUUGCAUAAGUUUGUACAGGUACCUGGCUAUUGUCCAUCCGAUGAGAGUUUUGGGAAGAAUAACUGUCCUCCACUCUGUUGGGAUCUCAGUCUUGGUUUGGCUUCUGGUGAGCAUUCAAAGUCUUCCAGACAUGUUCUUCAGCAAAACGUCUGGAAACAAUACUGGAAAAUGUUAUGAUACUACCGGUGAGACCUACGUCGAGGAUUACAUGAAGUACAGCCUUGGAUGGACUCUCACUGGGUUUUGUAUCCCAUUCCUGAUCGCUCUGGGCUGCUAUGGACAUGUGAUUGUUGUGCUCUGUCGCACAAACACCACUGACAAGGUACUGAAACAGAGAUGCUUGAAGUUGUUGUUCAUCUUGAUUCUGCUUUACUCUGUUUGUUACAUCCCCUAUCAUCUAUUGAAGAACCUCAACCUCUGGUCAAGAGUUUUGUUAAAUCAAAGGCUGUGCCGUGAGUGGUCCAAUGGAGUCUACAUUGCUCAUCGGAUUAGUCGUGGCCUUGUGUGUCUGAACAGUGCUCUCAACCCUCUGGUUUACCUCCAUGGAGAUGAACAUAUUCCUGCUCAGCUCAGACGUCUACUACAGCGAGCUCGCCAAGCUGCGUUAAGACCUUCCAGCACCCCUAGUCAAGUUCCCUUGAUGUAAAUUGUCUGAUGUGCAUAUAAAAGUGUAUUGCAUCAUCUUCUACUAUUAAAACAUGUAUUGAACCUUGUCAUGGUUUUUGUGGUGGUCAUCUUGCUGUUCAAACGCUUAAAAAAGCUCUGAAAAUUCAUAUUAAUAAAGAAAUGAUGGCAAAGAGAA